AUGCAAAAUCAUAUUCAGUUUGUGAAGAAUUUAUUCCACAAUUGCUUCAAUCAGCAACCAACCAGUGAAUCCUUCAUGCGUGACGGUUCCAUUCUGUCAACGUUACGGAAAAGCAAAUUUCACACUUUGAAUGACCACCGGAAGCUAGUGAGAGAUUUCGAUCGCAAUUAUGAUGCCAUCAGUGCUAGAAACGACAGAAUCAAAUUUCCUGCAGUGAGAACAUUGGAUAUAAUUCCAAAAUCGAAAGACGUUCUAAACGGCGAUUGGAUUCUGCGAUACUCGGAUUCCGAAACCAACAAAUAUCCAUGGAGUGGCGAUUCUAGCCCAAACUUCGAUCUCGUUCCAUGGCGUAGACCCAAGCACAACCAAACCCUGUUGAGUCAUCCUACUUUUAGCUACCCAAAACGAUGGAACGAAGCAAAAGAUAAAAAGAUUCUGCAACGCUUGCACAAAAUCGAAGCCAAACAGGUGAAGAAACACCUCAAGGAAAGCCUAAAGUACUCCAAACGCGUCAAACGAAUCCGCAUAAUGCUGUCGGUGGAAAUGCGUCAGAAAAACUACGAGGUGCUGCCACCGAAAAUUCUACCCCGUCGAUUCGAAAUCAAACCUACCAUUACCAAUGGAACCAACGUGUCACCGAAGAAUCACAUUACGCGACUAACGGUGGUGGCCGUUCAGCACGAGAGUCAAUCACGGUCACGUCAUUGGGGUUACUUCAGCCAGCGGCGGAAUGAAAAUUUUAAGGAAAAAAUCGCCAAAGAAGAAGCCAAAAGCGCUGGUCGCAAACCCGAGCGGGAAAUUAAGGCAAAACCGGUGGAGGCGCCCAACUUUUCUGGCAGUGGCCCGCCCACCGGCAGCGCCAGUGCCGAUGAUUCACUCGGUAGACUGCGGGAGAUCGAACAGCACGUUUUCUGCAAAAAUAUGAACGCAGUGAAAACGCUCAACCCCGUCAAGCCCAUAACGCCGUUCGCUCCGAAGCAGGUCGAAAGUGAUAAAAUGAUAGUACAAAUGUGCCGGCGGUGUAGAAGCAAACGCGUGACAGUGGGGUGCUCCGGCUAUAACGAGUCCAGAUAUCAGUCGCAUCUGGACUCGUCCCAUGCGCAGCAGAUGAUGUCCCCGAUGGAACGGCCGGCGGGUGGAGCCCUGGCGCUUCACUACGCGGCCGCUCGCGGGUGCCUCGACUGUGUGCGGCUGUUGGUGGAGGCGGCGCCUGACAUCAGCGCCAAUACCCAGAUGGACAACGACGUGACCCCGGUCUACUUAGCGGCUCAGGAGGGACAUCUUGAGGUGCUGAAAUUUCUAGUCCUGGAAGCCGGCGGAUCGCUGUACGUGCGAGCCCGCGAUGGCAUGGCACCGAUCCAUGCUGCCUCUCAGAUGGGAUGUCUGGACUGUUUGAAAUGGAUGGUCGAAGAUCAAGGUGUAGACCCAAACCUGCGUGACGGUGAUGGUGCCACUCCACUUCACUUUGCUGCUUCCCGAGGGCAUUUGACCGCUGUACGGUGGUUGCUCAGCCACGGAGCCAAACUAUCCCUGGACAAGUACGGCAAAAGUCCCAUCAACGACGCCGCUGAAAAUCAGCAAGUUGAGUGCUUGAACGCUUUGGUGCAGCACGGAAAUCGCGAACCCGACUACGGUGAAACGAAACAACUGAAAGUCGCUCAACGAAUUCAACCAGAACAGCUGUACGGAUCGCCCCCACUACUUUCGGCUGCCUCCGUUACCCCACAGCAGCAAAAACGGGCAUCGAAAAAGCAAUCGGGCACUCAUCAUCACUACAACAAAAACAAAGUAUUCAGCCAAAAUACGAUGAUGUCUAAAUCCUCUUCCGGUAGUUCAGAUUCUGAACCUUUCUAUCUUCAUCCGCCUACAAUAAGGCAAACUAAGGAUGGCUUGUAUACUCGCCAAUCACCGGAUAGUUACUAUGGCACAGUGCCACCAAACGACGGUGUCUACAUAAACCCUAUGCGAAACGGCUCCUCUACUCCGCCUAGUCCAAGCGGUAGCGUUUCGGGUGAAUCUUUCUUUUUGCACGAUCCCCAAGAAGUUAUCUACAAUCGGGUGAAGGAUCUUUUCGAUUCUGACCUGAGCACCAGUACUACCAAGGACGAACGAAACGGACAUUCUCGGGCCAUGACAGUUCAAGUAGAAGUUCACUCCAGCAGUAGUGGGGCGGCCAGCGGUUCAGAUGAGGAUCUAUCGGUGUCCUCUUCCAAUUCGGAUGCACAACGGAAACCGCCUGAAGUGAAAAGAAGCAACUCGAAGUCUGCCCACGAUCACGACUAUGAAGACAUCUAUCUGGUACGAGAGGAGGCCCGGUAUGGCACGAAAACAAGAAACGGUGCCGGCCGGAGUAGAUCCAGGGACAGCGGGUCCCAUUCCAGAUCGGCCAGUGCCAGCUCGAAUCGCAGCAAUGAUAUUAUUAUGCAAUUAACCAAUCAGACGGUGAGUAACAAGGAACAGAUGCUGAUUAACAAGCGAAACAAUCUGUACGAACAGCAAAACGCCAAGCACCGCUACGAUAUGCCGCUAAACUACAAAACAACAAACCUGAGCAAGGCCAGCAAAUCGGCAAGCCAUCACCAGUCGAGCCGGGAGCUGAGCUUAGCUGCAUCACGCAACGAUAACGCGUACGAAAGCGUCUGCGCACCGGAAGAUACCCACGAGCGAACGAAGCUCGCCCAGCGCCAUUCCCUGCCGCAAGGUGUCGCCAGUGUGAACGGUGGUCUGAGCGCUGGCAACGCUGCCGGUAAGCAGGUGAAGCGCAACGGAUCGAUGAACAAAAACGAAAAUAAAGCCCCAGUGGGACCCCCACCGCCACCUCUGCCGCCGCCGUUGAAGGCACCGUCGCAGGCAGCCCACUACGGGACCGGCGGCGUCAGUCAGACCAAGUCCGGCUCGAUGACGAACGGCAAUAAUUUCUAUCUGCACAAGCACAUGAACGGCAGCAGCGGCGGCGGAUCGCAGCAGAACGCGAUGAAGUUUAACACUAGUGCCAGUAUCGGUAGUGGCGGCACUUCGGGCUCCCAGAACAACGCUCAGCACGACUACUACAAUCAGCUUCCCCUACAGCAACAGCAGCAGCAACAACAGCAGCAACAUAAUGGAACGGAAGGACCAGAUUCUGACUCCGGACUGGAGGUGGUAGAAGAAUCCACCCUAAAACCAUCGGAUUUGAUCCGAGGAAACCACAACCGCAGCAUGUCCAUAAUUUCAGCGAACAAGAAAGCCAAACUCAUCACUGGCCCCGGCAACGGUAACGGAAAUGGCAACAGCAGCAGCAGCACCCUCCUUAGUCCGACCAGCUCGACCAAAGCAGUCGACGAUCAGUACUACGGCCAUCAACAGCUGUACCAGUCGCGCUCGAACUCCGCUCUGUCGUCGUCCAGUCACGGUCCGAAUCUGGUGAACAAGCAGCUCGUGCUGCCAUUCGUUCCGCCGGCCUUCCCGAACGGAUCCGCGGACAACUCCAACCAUCUGAUCAAACCGUCCGAGUAUCUCAAGAGCAUCAGCGACAAAAAGUCUAAUGCUGGCUCUCAGAGAUCUUCCGACACCGAAGACUAUAUGCCAUUGAACGCAACCAUCACGGUACAGUCGGGACCGGAACCACCAAAACCACCUCCACCCCCGCCGGCACCCCCGAUGCUGUUUCCCAACGGCACUGGCGGCGGCCCCAAUAAAGACGGCAACAGUCAGACCGGAACGAUAAAAAGCAACGGCAGCGUCCCCCCUCCGCCCCCGCCGCAGGACUCGACGAUACGAAAGCAGCAACAGCCACUGUCGGCGAUUUCGAUCCAAGAUCUGAACAGUGUGCAGCUUCGCCGGACCGAUAAGAUGCUCUCGAAGACAUUCUCGGCGCCCACCCGCAGCAUGAGUAUGCAGUGCCUCUCCUCCACUAACGAACAGUUCCUGUCGCAGAAGACCGACCUGAUUGCCGAGCUGAAAAUGUCCAAAGACAUCGCCGGCGUCAAGAAGAUGAAGGUCGAACGAGCCAAACUGGAAGACAGACAAGCCACCGAAGUGUACUCCGAGGUGACGCGGCAAUUUACCGCCGCGAACUACGUAGAUCAGUUAUUCCAGGUACCGGAACGUGACCACGCCGGAAACAUCAUUCCGGAUUGGAAACGACAGAUGCUCGCCAAGAAGGCAGCCGAAAAGGCCAAGAAAGAGUUUGAAGACAGACUUGCUCGGGAAGCGGAAGACCGACGAUUGUCGGCCAUACCUAAAUGGAAGCGGGACCUGAUGGCACGAAAAGAAGAAGCGGAAAGCAAGCUCAAAUCCUCGAUCUACACCCCCCGCGUGGAAGAACACCAGCGUCGGACGGAUACGUGGCGUUCGCGAAUGUCUCAAAGGGCGAUGUCGAUCGACAACAUUAGCUUCACGUCGCCGACCGAGGACUCUCAUGUGGGCUCCCGUUUCAAUAAGGAAAACAACCACAACAAUCAGCAGAGUGGCACGAACGGUGCCACCAGCAAUGGAGUACAUGUCAACGGCAACAACACCCAUAGCAACAAUAGUAGCAAUACCAACAACGUAAACGGAAGCACCGCCGGAAGCAACCAUCCGAGUGUUCGCGGUUCGAUUGAAAAUAUCAAUAGCAAGAAUGAAUACCAUCAAAAUAGUAGUGCACAUUCGAAUGGUAACGAUGAUGAUGAUGAAAGUGAACAGAUUAUACCAUGGCGAGCUCACCUGCGGAAAACCAACAGCCGUCUUAGCUUGAUUGGCUAGCCAAGCGCAUGCUGUUAUC